AUGGUGAUUGCUUGGGAGAAAGGGCAUAGAAGAGUUAUGUUUGAAGUGGACUCUCAGACGGCUGUGAAAGCUCUCAAGGACGGGGGGUCCAGGGACGGUUUGAAUGCUCCUCUAAUUGACCAGAUCAAGGAGGUGAUGGGGAAGCAAUGGAGUAUCCAGAUUGAUAACAUAUACGGCGAAGGAAACUGCGAUGCUGACAUCUUGGCUAACGUGGGAGCGAAUCUAGAGAAUGGGAUUAACCCAUUUCCCAGAAUGCUAGACCAUGUCCACGUUACGAUGGAAAUAAUAAAUGCGAAGAUACUUAGAGCACUUGGGCCGAUGGCCUCGUAUGACGGGAGAUCAAACCGAAAGAAGCUUGCUAGAAACUUGGGUUUCAAACCCAGUAAACGAAUAUUGUUGGGGCUGGCUAGCUCACAAGUAUUUUUUGUUGAUUCACAUGAACGCUCUCAGACACGUUAA